CUCCCUAAAGCAGAUAAGUUUCUGGUUUUAGGUUGUACGCAAAAGAGUUUUGCAAAAAAUAUUAGAUUUGUUUUGUGUGUAAGUGUAAGGGCGUUUUGUGUGCAAGAAUAUCUUUUGGUUUCAAGAAUUUAUCAUUGUAUAAUGGAAAAUGUAAAAAGGACAUUUGAUGUAAACCAGAAGGCAAUGGUCAACAAGCUACAUAACAUGCAGUGGCUGAAACAUGCAUCUCAUUCAUUGAAUCCUGGAAAGGUGAAGCGUAUACAAAAGCUUGAUGCGAAUAAUAAAUUAGAAAUUAAAGAUUUAUUAACAGAAAAUAUUGAGACAUUAUACUCAAUUGAAGACUCUCACAAAUAUCAUUCCAUGAAGCCAUACAAAAGAGAUUUAUCUAUUGAUGUAAUGCAAGAUGAUGCAUAUUUACCUAACUCGUUUCCAAAUUCCAAAAUGUUGAUUAAUCGUAAGGAUAAAGGAGAAAAAAAAAAUAUGUUAAUGAUUGCAAAAAGCAUUGCAACAGCAAAAUUGGACGCUCAAUGUUAUUCAAAUAAUGAAAAAGAUCAAUCAAAUAAAAAAAUAUCACAAAAUAAUGCUGAAGAUAUUAUGCAGGAUGUAUGUUCAAAUUUUUCCAAUUUACAAGUUGAUCCAGACAUGCAAGAACGAAAUUCAAGAAUACGUUUUGAUGGUAAUAAUAAUUAUUCUAAAUCUACUCAAUCAUGUAUGCCAAAAGUAAAUAAUAAACAAAAGCCAACUAUUAGAAAAGUAACUGAUAAAAAUAUUAAAGCUUCUAUGGAAACAAAAGAUAAAGAUUCACAAAAAACAAUAAAUGCAUUGAGAAAGAAUAUAAAGGAUGAAGAUAGUACAAGUAAUAAUGAUGAAUCUUCCAUUCUUAUUAACAAUUCUAAGAGAUCAAUUUCUAAUUUGUCAAAAACGCCGACUUUUGUUAAUAAGGAUAUAAAAGUGGAUCGAUAUAAAAAAACCAUAUCUGCAGGAAAUAAAGUAGAAAAAAUAAAAGAUGCAAAUUCAAGUUUAAUGGGAACAGAUUUUGAGACAAAAUUUAAUAAAACCGUUGAUAUGACAUACAAAAAUAACAGUAUAAAUAAGGAUGAGAUAUUGCAAAAGCAAUAUAUAGUUUCUGAACAAUCUGUAUCAAAAAUGGAAGAGCCUCUUGAGAAAAAUGCACAAAAAAUGGACUAUGCUGUAUGUAAAACAGAUACAUUAUUCUGUAAUAAUGAACACAUAGUAAAGCUUGUAAAUGCCACAUAUUUAACAGAUGGUAAGAAAUUUGCAACUACAAACGAAGAACUUAUAUUAGGGCAGUGUGGCAAAGAGAUGGAAAGGUUUGAUAAGUCUAAAACCGAUAUAGAUCAGCAGUAUAUAGAAAUAAAUAAUGCUAAUAAUGAUGGACAAACAAAUUCAUUCACAGACUUGUCCAAUUUAUUUCCUAAUAAGUAUUCCAUAGAAACACCAGCCAAUGUGAUACGUCAAUAUCCAAGGAAGGUAGAAUAUAUACAACACAUGGAUGACACAAAGACAUCAAGGAGCAAUCAAAUCACUUGGAAUAACCAGUUUUUUAACACAGUGCAGAAGAAUGCAACAAUCAUAAAUUCGCAGCAACCUAUUCAAGACAUGUGUUUCAACGCACAGAAAAUUAGUGCGCAAGCAAGAGACGAUAUGAAGCAAACGCUAUCAAGGGAGCCAAAUAACAAAUUGUACUAUCAGUAUUUUCCAGUCAGUAAUGCGAUGCGAAUGUCGCAAAUUCCGAGUACUUUCAACAUGACAUCGCAUGAAAAUAACAUACAGGCAUCGAAUAACAGCGACACCACCUCCAUCCUAGAAGCUACGAUGAAUUCUAAUAAGGAAAAUUCAAACGUACUCUAUAAAUAUGCACCAAACAUGCAGCAAAGAUUUGGUACAACCUUUUCUGGACAUCCUAUAUUAUCGGAUCAGACUAGUAGACUUAAUCCCUUAGUACAAGACGACUUUAGCGUUAAUCCGAAUAAUCCAAUGCGACCUACAAUGCAUAUUAGCAAUUCUAAUUCGACUUCCGGCUCUGAUGAUUCCAAUAACAGGCACAUAAUGAACUGUCCAGUGCAUCCGAUAAUCUAUGCACUGUCUCCAAACGUGCAAAUGUGGAAUCCACAAUCACAGUACCUGGUGCUGCCUGUCUUCAACAAUUCUCCAUACGCGAAUUGUAAUGUAAUUUCUAAUGCAAUUAAUCAGUCGAAUAAUUAUAACAGCAUUGGCUCUAUGCAUGGUCAGCAGCUUAAAUACAUUCCUUGUAUGCAAACGAAUAACAAUAUUAGAGAUACACGUAGUGAUUUGAGUAUCAAUUGUGCUGCACAAGCUAGGAGUGUUAUUGAUAACAUUCCGGUGAAACCUAGUCAGCGUCGCAAAAAGGAUCCAGACAAUUUCCGAAUGAUUUAUAAGCAUGUGACGUCACUUUCGUAUUCAGGAUCCCAGCAAGAUGUGAAUUUUAUGCCCACGACAGAUACAGAUCAACGUAGUGACGCGUAUGCUUGGCAAAUUCAAAAGCAUAGGAAUCAAAAUAUGGCGAAUUACGUACAAAUGAAAUAUCCGAAAAGUCGAGCGAUACAGGAUCUCGCGUGCGAUGAUAAUGAAGUGGAAAAUAUUCCCCCAAUAAUAUCUCCGAAGGAAUUUGUAACAAUUAAUAGGAAUCUUACUAAAAUUAAAUUGAGUAAUUUACAACACGCGUGUUUAGGGCUCCUUAUCAUUGGAAUUGUAAUGUCAGAG